CCCGCCUCCCGCAGUCCGAGAUCGGCGAGCGAGUAAUACAACUCGCAUACCAGCAGUCAGUGACGCAUCGCGGUCGCGCACCCGUAUAGGUAUAUAAUACACGUAACAACGUAGGUACAUAGAAAAAAGAAAAAAAUAACAAGUGGAGAGUUAUCGGUACGCUGACCUGGCCGCCGCCGUCUUUUGUCCGUUGUGCGAAGCUGAUGGGCUAGGUUCGCGCCCACAGUGCCGAUUUAUAUAGUUAAAAGUUCUGCCGAGGAUUACGGUUUAGGUUAGAAGUAGUACAGUGAGGAGGAUCGGGAACGAGCCGUCUCGAAAGGACUUGUGUGCAGUGCCCUGGAAUUACAUAGGAGUAAAAACUAUCAACAGCAAGGAAAACGAACAAUAACAUUUAAUAGGAUGAAGGGGAACGGUUGCUGGCGCCUUCUGGGACGGGCGCUCGCGCUGCUCCUGUUGCUGCAGAUCGUUGCCUCAGACGAUCAAUCGAGACCGGCGUUGGAAAUCCUGCCGGAUGGUGAGGUCCAGACAAAGGCCGUCGGAUCGAGUGCCCUGUUGACGUGCAAGCCCCGAGUCGCCGACCCGAAACUCAUUUCGGACAUCCAGUGGCUCGACCCGCAGAACCGCGUCAUCGAAAGCCGCAAACUCGUCGUUUUGCCGCUCGACAGUGAAAUCCCCAACAGCUACUCCAAGCCUGCCAUGUACACGGAACUGUUCUCCACCGGGAACAGUCUGGGUCUAUUCUUUACCUCCCUGAAGGAGGAGCACGCCGGCAACUACAUCUGCAGGGCGCAGUACGCCAACACCCAGCUCCUCACCAAAAAAGUCACCAUGGACAUAAUCGUUGCAAUAACGUGGGACGAUGCCCCGGAAAAUCAGAAUCCCAUCCUGGGCGAGGACUUUGCGGUAAAGUGCCAGGUGCGCGCCAAGCCCUCGCCAAUGGUCGAUUGGUUGUACAACGGCGAGGUCAUUCGGACGAACGACCACUACAUCAUCGACACCCAUGCUCUGAAGAUCAAAAACGUCCAAGAGUCCGACGACGGGGUGUACACCUGCAGGGCGUCCGUGCCCCAGACAGGACAGCUCGAGGAGCGCGUCAUCCGCGUCGAGGUGCACACGAGGCCGAGCAUCAAGGAACUGGAGAACCCCGUGGUGGAGAUAAUCGAGGGCGAGGAGGCGAGCAUCCGUUGCGACGGAGACGGCAAGCCGAGGCCCAAGUUCUCGUGGGUCAAGAUGAAGACCAAGGAGAACCUGGCGGCCGCCGAUCACUUUGCCGUCGACGAGGACAAUGGCCUGUUGAGGAUAAACGGGGUGAGGCGCGAGGACAGCGGCAAGUACCAGUGCAUGGCCACCAACGCCGCCGGUACCGCGACCAUGACGAUCCAGGUGAACGUCAUCGUCCGGCCCAAGAUCAUAGAGUUCCUCAACGAGACCGUGGCCCAGGACCAGAGGACCAGGUUGGUUUGCAAGGCCUUUGGCCGGCCGGCGCCGAUAGUCACCUUCCGCAAGCACACCUCCGAGAAGCCCUACUCCAUCGGUAAUCAGCCCGAGGACGACAGGAUCACCGUGACCAACUCCCCCGACGAGCAGAAGGGCGAGACCACGGGCGAGCUCGUCAUCGACCGCACCCUCAGGUCCGAGGACGGUAUGUACGAGUGCAUCGCGAGCAACAAGGGUGGCAUAGCCUACCAGAACGGCCACCUGCAGGUGCAGUUCCCGCCGUCGUUCGCCGCGAUGGACAACCGCACGAUAUACACGUGGGAGCAGCGGCCCGUCAACUUUUCUUGCGUGGCCGAGAGCAUACCUAACGCGACGAUCCGCUGGACGUACUACGGCGAGCAGAAGGUCGAGAACGACCCGCUGAUCCAGGUCCACGGCAACGGGCCGAUCUCGUGGCUGUACGUCACGCCGCGCGACCCGAGAUACUACACGCAGUACAAGUGCAUCGCCAGAAACCAGUUGGGCGAGGCGUACAAUCUGGUAGAGCUGCGCGAGGCCCCCAAGCCCGCCGAGAUCCUGCAAGUUACGAUGAUCGAGACCACAGCGACGAGCAUCACCUUCGACAUUGUGCCGCCUAUCGGGGCCCCCGAUCUGCCCAUAAGAACCAUUUCCGUCGAGUACAAGGAGCAGGACACCUCCUGGAGCGUCGCCCGGAACAGAACGUGGACGGCCGGCUCGAGCAGUGGUUACGUGGUCGAGAAUCUCAAGCCCCAGACGACGUACGAGUUUCGCUUCGCGGCGUCGAACAUGGCAGGUCGGGGCAACUGGGGCUUGCACAAGAUCUUCUCGACGACGAGUCGCAACGUGCCGGGGGUGGCGCGCUUCCUCGCCAAGAUGGACAAGAGCUACGUCCUGUCGCACCACCACGACAGGUACAACCUCAAGUGGUCAGCGGCGCCGGACAACGGAGAGCGCAUCGACUAUUACGAGGUCAAGUGGUGCGAGGCCAAGAGGUACAGCGGCGACAACUGGGUGACGGUCGACAGCAAUUGCCACAGCAAACAGGAGACCAGACAGGAGACCACCAUCACCGAACUCCAGCCCGACACUUUCUACACGGUCGAGCUCAGGGCCCAUAAUUUCCUCGGCUACGGCGCUCCCGCCAAUAUUACCAUCAAAACAACCAGAGGUAACACGAGCAACGCGUCUGUCCUUCGACACCAGGGUUCGAUGAUCUCGAGCGCGGCCAUAAUUGGUAUAGUCAUCGCGGCUCUUAUCAUCAUCAUGUUAAUCACGGAUGCCAUUCUCUGCUGCACCAACAAGUCAGGUAUUAUUUACUACGUGUGCGAACGAUCGCGAAGGAAGCCUGCGGACGAGGAUGACAGACUGGGAAGAGACGAGAAGGAGCCGCUGAAGGAGGAAAAGAAGAUCACACCGAUAAUCGACUCGGGGGUGCGACACGAGACCUCGGUCACGUUCGACGGCAAGAGGUCAAUAUCGAAGACCGGCUUCAACGGCAAGGACUCGGCCGUCUAGAUAUUUUUCCGGCGUACUAGAUUGUAAAUCUCUCUUUCUCCGGGAACGAGUCUUUAAGCGCUGCGGCGCGACCUGCAACAAACCUCGACUGACGUGAACAAAAAAAAAAAAGAAAAAAAAUUAAGUAUGGAUGGCGUCGAAGGGGCUUACUUGGCGGGUCGCCCGCUGCAGACUGCGUGUCUCUUGAACGAUGACAAUAUAUAUCGAAAACAAAGGGGUACACUUGAGUUCAAACGCUUAAGGUUAUUUAAUUCUGCGAUUCGAACGAAAAAAAAUAAAUAAAUAAAAAUAAUAAUAAUAAUAAUAAAAUAACAAACAAAGAAAGUGAGAGAGAGGAUUGUGGAAGCGCGCAGAUUCGUUCGACGGUAUGUUGCGGUGCGCCCGUGAAACAGAGAUCCCACCCAACGCAGCUGCAAUCUAGUACGUCGGCUCAUCAUUUACGUCGUAAUUGUCAUGACACUUGAUUAACCUUUGUGUAAAUACGUUUUCUCUUGGAUAUUAUAUCGAGCGCAUUUAUAUAUAUACUUUAGUCCCAUAUUUUCGAGGAUAAUUUGCCACGCGGGACAAAAACAGAUCGCCGCUAGUAUACACAGUUUUUGGGCAGAUACAAGCUCUUUUUUUCGAACCGAUCGUAAAAAAAAUCGGCAACAAUCGGUUGACGUGCAUCCACGACGACGUCCUCUGAUGUGUUAUGCUUCGUUUCGCGCUGCGCUCAAACUGUGUUCAAAUCGAAUUGACAAAUUAAAUCUUUUACACCCGUUCAUUCAAUUAUUUCAUCAUCAAAGACUGAUUCCUCUCUGUGUGUAUUUAUGUACUUUCUGUAUCAUCAAUGUAACAGCAAGCCCGUACCUACGUUUUUGAAAGUUUAAUACGAUAUACAUAACUCAACGCGACAAUCGAAUCUUGGAUUUAAAGAAAAAAAAAAUUACUUUUUACCCUUUGAAAUUUCCAUGACAUGAAAAUUAAUGUUACUGUUCAAUGUGUGUAUGUAGUGUUCGACUUUGACGAAACACUAUGGCCAAUUGACACAUACUCGCCUUUUUGCGAUAAAUAUAACUGUUGCUUGUAUGCCGUUCGUUCGUUUCACCUUUUAAGAUAAUAUUUGUACUUAAAAAAAAAAAAAAAAAAAAAAAAAAAUGCGCGUAUU